CUAGGCUUGAUGUUAAAAUAAUGUUUGACUUAUUCAAAGAUAAAUUCCCUACUACAAAGGAAAAUACGAAUUCUAUUUUAAAUUAUUUAACACAAAUUUUGCACUGCCAUUUGGUCGUCCACAAAUUGAUGUCUGCUGUACAUGUGAAGAGCUCUCCAUGAAAAUGAAAACUCCGCAUUUAUCAGAAAAUGUAAAACUUGCCGCACAAGCGGAAAUGACUGUUCACAAAAUGAGAAGUAAAAACAUUUUUAUUGCCCUCAAGAAUACCACAGACGAAUCGAAAGCAAGUCCAAAAACUCUAGGAUUUGCAUUCGAAUUCCUGCAGAAUUUACCGCUUCCACAAACUCCAGUUGAGGAAAUAUUUUAUUUAAGGCAAUUAUGGGUGAAUACGUUUUGUAAUCAUAAUCUAGAAGACGACAAUUUACAGAUUUACAUGUAUCAUGAGGGUGUUGCCAAAAAGGCGCAAACGAAGUGUGCUCAUUUAUUUAUGACUACAUAA